AGGGAGGGCACGUAUAAGAGGAAGAGUGCAGAGCUUUGCAUGCAGCCUGGCGGGCACCCAGGGAUCAGGAUGCCCCCUGCAGUGAGGUGGUCAGCCUGGAGCACAGGAUGGCUCUGGAUCUUUGGGGCAGCCCUGGGCCAGUGCCUGGGGUAUGGCUCAGAGCAGCAAAGGGUAGCAUUUCUUCAGCGUCCAGGUCAAAAUCAUCUGCAAACAAGCUAUACGGAGCUCAGACCUAGUCAGGCUUGUCGCCCUGGAUACUAUCGGGACAACAAAAGCCUGCCCUCGGGAAGGUGUGUUCCCUGCAAUUGCCACGGACAUUCAAACCGCUGCCAGGACGGCUCAGGGAUGUGCAUUAACUGUCAGCACAGCACAGCUGGGGACCACUGUGAGCACUGCAAGGAAGGUUACUAUGGAAACGCCAUCCACGGAUCCUGUAGGGUCUGUCCCUGCCCUCAUACCAACAGUUUUGCUACUGGCUGUACUGUGGAUGGAGGAAAUGUGAGGUGUGCCUGCAAACCCGGAUACACAGGAGCACAGUGUGAGAGGUGUGCACCAGGAUACUUUGGGAAUCCCCAGAAGUUUGGAGGUAGCUGCCAACCCUGCACCUGUAACAGCAAUGGCCAGUUAGGCACUUGCGACCCCCUGACUGGAGACUGUGUAAGCCAAGAACCCAAAGACGGCAGCCCUGCAGAAGAAUGUGAUGACUGUGACAGCUGUGUGAUGACACUCUUGAAUGACUUGGCCACCAUGGGUGAGGAGCUCCUCCUAGUGAAGUCAAAGCUGCAGGGCCUGAGUGUGAGCGCUGGUGUUCUAGAACAGAUCCGGCACGUGGAGACGCAGGCCAAGGACCUGAGGAGCCAGCUGCUGGGCUUCCGUUCUGCCAUCUCAAGCCAUGGGUCCAAACUGGACGGCCUGGAAAAAGAACUGGGCCAUCUGAACCGUGAAUUUGAAACUGUCCAGGAAAAGGCACAAGUCAAUUCCAGAAAAGCACAAACAUUAUAUAACAACAUUGAUCGGACAACCCAAAGCGCCAAAGAAUUGGACACGAAGAUUAAAAACGUCAUCCAGAAUGUGCACAUUCUCCUGAAGCAGAUCGCUAGGCCAAGUGGAGAAGGAACGGACAUGCUGGUGGGCGACUGGUCCAGAGAGCUGGCAGAAGCCCAGCGCAUGAUGCGGGAGCUUCGAGGCCGAGACUUCAGAAAGCACCUCAGAGAAGCAGAGGCCGAGAAAACAGAAGCCCAGCGCCUGCUGAACCGGCUCAGGACUUGGCUGGAAACCCACCAGGUGGAGAACAAUGGACUGCUAAGGAAUAUUCGGGAUUCGCUAAAUGAUUAUGAAGCCAAACUUCAGGACCUGCGUGCUGUUCUCCAGGAGGCAGCUGCCCAGGCAAAGCAGGCCACUGGCCUCAACCGUGAAAAUGAGGGGGUUCUAGGAGCCAUCCAGAGACAAAUGAAAGAAAUGAAUUCCCUGAAGAAUGACUUCACCAAGUACCUGGCCACGGCAGACUCUUCCCUGCUCCAGACCAACAAUCUCCUGCAGCAGAUGGACAAAAGCCAGAAGGAAUAUGAAAGCUUAGCUGUGGCUUUAAAUGGAGCAAGACAGGAGCUAAGCAGCAAAGUGCAAGAGCUCUCCAGAUCUGCCAGCAAAACAUCCUUGGUGGUGGAGGCCGAGAAGCAUGCGCAGUCUUUACAGGAGCUGGCGAAGCAGCUGGAAGAGAUAAAGAGAAACACCAGUGGGGAUGAGCUGGUACGCUGUGCUGUGGAUGCGGCCACCGCCUACGAGAACAUCCUCAAUGCCAUCAGAGCAGCGGAGGAUGCAGCCAACAAGGCCGCCAGCGCCUCGGAGUCUGCCCUCCAAACACUGACAAAGGAAGAUCUUCCAAGAAGAGCUAAGACCCUGAGUUCCGACAGCGAUGAGCUGUUAAACGAAUCCAAGAUAACACAGAAGAAGCUACAGCAAGAAGUCAGCCCAGCCCUCCACGGCCUGCAGCAAACCCUGAACACUGUGUCGGUUCAGAAGGGCCUGCUAGAUGCCAACCUCACGGCCGUCCGUGAUGGUCUUCGUGGGUUACAGAGAGGUGAUGUUGACAGUAUGAUCAACGGUGCGAAGAACAUGGUCAGGAAGGCCAAUGGUAUAACAAGCGAGCUUCUGGACGGGCUCAACCCCAUCCAGACAGAUUUGGGAAGAAUUAAGGACAGCUAUGGGAGCACACGGCGUGAGGACUUCAACAAGGCUCUGACCGAUGCCAAUAACUCAGUAAAGAAAUUAACCAAGAAGUUGCCUGAUCUUUUUAUCAAGAUUGAAAGUAUCAACCAGCAAUUGCUGCCCCUGGGAAACAUCUCUGACAAUGUGGACCGAAUCCGAGAACUCAUUCAGCAGGCCAGAGAUGCUGCCAAUAAGGUCGCAGUCCCUAUGAGGUUCAACGGGAAAUCCGGCGUCGAGGUCCGGCUCCCAAAUGACCUGGAAGACUUGAAGGGAUACACGUCUCUGUCUCUGUUUCUCCAAAGACCCGACCUGCGAGAGAAUGGGGGCACCGAGGAUAUGUUUGUGAUGUACCUCGGCAAUCAGGACGCCUCCAAGGACUAUAUCGGCAUGGCGGUUAUAGAUGGUCAGCUGACAUGUGUCUACAAUCUCGGGGAUCGGGAAGCUGAAGUCCAGGUAGACCAGGUGCUGACUGAGAGUGAGAACCAGGAGGCAGUUAUGGACCGAGUGAAGUUCCAGAGAAUAUAUCAGCUUGCAAAACUUAAUUACACCAAAGAAGCCACAUCCAACAAACCCAAAGCUCCUGAGGUCUAUGACAUGGAGGGUGACAGCAGCAACACCCUCCUGAAUUUGGAUCCGGAAACUGCUGUGUUUUACGUCGGAGGUUACCCACCCGGUUUUCAACUGCCUAGCAGACUGAGGUUCCCUCCAUACAAAGGCUGUAUCGAACUGGAUGACCUCAAUGAAAAUGUUCUGAGCUUGUACAACUUCAAGACAACUUUCAAUCUCAACACAACUGAAGUGGAGCCUUGUAGGAGGCGGAAGGAAGAGUCGGACAGAAACUACUUUGAGGGUACAGGCUACGCCCGCAUUCCCACUCAAGCCAGCGCCCCCUUCCCAAACUUCAUCCAGACUAUCCAGACCACCGUGGACAGAGGUUUACUGUUCUUUGCCGAAAACCAGGAUAACUUCAUAUCCCUGGACAUAGAAGAUGGCAAUCUCAUGGUGAGAUACAAGCUGAAUUCGGAGCUGCCCAAAGAGAAAGGAAUCCAAGACACCGUCAACAACGGGCGAGAUCACACGAUUUCGAUUACAAUCGGAAACUCAAGAAAACUCAUGUGGGUGUAUAUGCAUGACCAUAACAUAAAAAUUGAAGGGGAAAUAUUUGAUUUCGGCACAUAUUAUCUUGGAGGAAUUCCAAUUGCAAUCAGAGAAAGGUUUAACAUCUCCACGCCUGCUUUCCAAGGCUGCAUGAAGAAUCUGAAGAAAACCAGUGGUGUUGUCAGGUUGAAUGACACUGUGGGAGUCACCAAGAAGUGCUCCGAAGACUGGAAGCUCGUGCGAACUGCCUCGUUCUCCAGAGCAGGACAGAUGAGCUUUACCAACUUGGAUGUGCCCCUGCCUGACCGCUUCCAGCUCUCUUUUGGGUUUCAGACCUUUCAGCCCAGUGGUACAUUAUUGAGUCAUCAGACACGGACAAGUAGCCUGCAGGUCACCUUAGAAGAUGGUCACAUUGCGUUGAGCACCAGGGACAGCAGCGACCCCAUCUUCAAGUCUUCACAGACCUACGGGGACGGCUUACUGCAUCACGUGUCUGUAAUCAGCGACACCUCAGGCCUCCGACUCCUCAUUGAUGACCAGGUUCAGGGAAGGAACCGAAGGCUCCCUGGCUUCUCGAAUCUCCAACAGUCCCUCCGUCUGGGAGGUGGUUAUUUCGAGGGUUGUAUCAGCAACGUUUUUGUCCAAAGGUUGUCACAGAGUCCCCAAGUCCUGGAUUUGGCCAGUAAAUCUACCAAGAGGGACGCCUCCUUGGGAGGCUGCAGUUUAAACAAGCCGCCUUUCCUUCUGCUGUUCAGAGGCCCCAAGAGGCUCAACAAGGCCAGGACUUUCGAUGUCAAUCAGCUGUUGCAGGACGCACCUCAGGCCUCCCCAAGGAGCAUGGAGGCAUGGCAAGAUGGGAAGGCCUGCCUGCCCCCUCUGAAUACCCAGGCCAGCCACAGAGCCCUCCAGUUUGGGGACAGUCCUACCAGCCACUUGCUAUUCAAGCUUCCCCGGGAGCUGCUGAAACCCAGGUCACAGUUUUCUGUGGACAUACAGACAACCUCCUCCAAAGGGCUGGUGUUUUACACAGGCACCAAGAACUCCUUCAUGGCUCUUUAUCUCUCAGAAGGGCAUGUCAUCUUUGCUUUGGGAGCAGAAGGGAAGAGACUGAGGCUCAGGAGCAAGAAGAAAUACCAUGAUGGGAAGUGGCACACGGUGGCGUUUGGACAAAGUGGAGGGAAGGCGCGCUUGGCUGUGGAUGGGCUAAGGGCCCAGGAAGGCAGCUUGCCUGGAAAUUCUACCAUCAGCCCCAGAGCACAGGUUUACCUGGGCUUGCCACUAUCAAGGAAGUUGAAGAGCCUCCCCCAACACAGCUUUGUAGGGUGCGUGAGGAACUUCCGGUUGAACUCAAAACUCCUGGACUCCCCCUCAGCAAGGUUUGGGGUAUCUCCCUGCUCAGGUGGCUCUUUGGAGAAAGGCAUUUAUUUCUCCCAAAAAGGAGGCCACGUGGCCCUGGCCAAUUCUGUGUCCCUGGGGCCAGAGUUUGAGCUUGUUUUCAGCAUCCGCCCGAGGAGUCUCACUGGGACCUUAAUACACAUUGGAAGUCAAUCUGGACCACACUUAAGUGUUUACAUGGAGGCAGGAAAGGUCACAGCCUCUAUGAACAGUGAGACAGGUGCGACCUUGACAUCAAUCACACCAAAGCAGUCUCUGUGUGAUGGACAGUGGCACUCAGUGACAGUCUCUAUCAAACGGCACAUCCUGCACCUGGAACUGGACACAGACAGUAGCUACACUGCCGGGCAGCUGUCCUUCCCACCUAACAACACCCAAGGGUCACUACACGUUGGAGGCGUCCCAGACAAACUGAAAAUGCUUACACUCCCUGUGUGGAACUCAUUUUUUGGCUGUCUGAAGAAUAUUCAAGUCAACCACACCCCUGUCCCCAUCACUGAAGCUGCGGAAGUCCAGGGAUCCGUCAGCCUGAAUGGUUGCCCUGACCACUAACCCUACACAGGAAGAAAAUUCACCUUUGAAAGCACCAAGAACCCAGCGGAUCUCCCACCCCAUAAAAAGUCAAGACACCACAGCACACGUUUAAAAACCAAUCUCAUUUUUAAUUUCAAGUACACAGACCCAUCGUUUUGCCAUUCAGCGCUACACUUGUAUCUUAUAUAAAAGCCCAUUUCUUGAAGAAAAUGAACAAAUUGUUAUUCAAACAUGCACAAAAUGCUUUUGUUAGUAUAAUUUUUUUCCACUAAGAAUUAAAUGCCUUUUAGAGAACAUUUUUCCCAAUUGCUAAAAAGAAAAUUUUGUUUAGAGCCCUUUAUGAAUAUAAAACUUUAAAAUGUUAAAUUGCUACAGUUCAUGGGAUUAAAUAAAUGCAAUGCACUCUUCAAAUGAUGUUUUACAAGCAAGGAAAACCAAGGGCUGAUGAUCACUGCUAAUUAUAUUAACUCCUCGGCACCUGCUCAAAGUGUUAUGUGCAACACAAUUUCCUACAGAUAAUUAUUGAGCACAUGCUAAGAGGUUAUCUGUGUGCUCAGUGUAUGAACUACACUGACGUUUAAUAAGUCAGUGUGUGAACUACACUGACAUUUAAUAAGUCAGUGUGUGAACUAUACUGACGUUUAAUAAGUCAGUCCUGCCCUUAAGGAGCAUGCACUUCAAUGGAAAGAUAUACAAUAUCAUACUAUAGGAACCAGCAUAUUGAACCAAUGAAACCAUUAAUUAAUGAGGCUCACUGGCUUCCCAAUCCUUGCCUUCCCCAAUCUGCUACCAAAUCUAAAUUAUGAUUAGUAAUUUGUUGAGAACACAAGCCAUCUGGUAGAGGUGCUAAGAUGAAUGUAUGCACUAUAACUGAAGCUUUGUGUAUCUUUGUGCACGUAUGUGGAGGCCAGAGCUCAACACUUUCCUCAAUCACUUUCCUCCUUAUUUUUUGAGACAAGGUCUUUUGCUGAACCCAGAGCUCAACAUUUUGACUGGGCUUGAAUACCCAGCAAAUCUCUCCAGGAUCCUUCCAUCUCCCCCACAGUGCUAGGGUUACAGACAUGUGCCUAGCUUUUAGACAGCUGCUGGGAAUCCGAACUCAGAUCCUCAUGCGUAUCCACCAAGCUGUCUAGACCACUUGAUGACUGAAGCUUUUAUGGCAAGUCAUCAGGACCCAACUAGGAGAAAUCCCUUUUAGAUUAUCUAUAAAAUAAUUCAUGACACAACAGACAAGCAUUAUUACCCACGUGUGCUAACAAAGACUAUGCAAGUAUUUUUGUGUCUUUGACUCUUUGAUAGGGGAAAAAAGGAAUAUUGCGUAUAAUAAGAAAAUGGGGUAUAAUAAGAAAACAGGGUAUAGUAAUCCUCUAUGGUAUCCUUAGAGCUCUGUGUUCUCUACUUCUGAACUUGGGUUGCUUGUUCUUCCAUGGUCUUUGCACCACAGUCCUCUGAGCAUGCUUUCCACCAGCUCCAGCUGUACACAUCUGGAGUGUUCUGCAGUGGUAGCCAAUUCCCUACCCCAGCAGGUGCUUCAUGAGAGCUGACUGGUAAUCUUUAGGGAUGCUGCUUGACUGCAAGUCAGGUGCUUCAAAAUACGUUGAUUUUAAGACUUAAAAAAAUCCAGUGGUGGUCUUGGCAUCUGCUGGAAGCUCCUCCAUGCUUCCAGCCAUCAGCAGGUCUUCACAACAUGUAUGAUCUCUCUCAGUUCUCACUGUUACACAGACUGGAUCUGCAAGGUCAUGACUCAGUAGAACUUCAUACUUGUAAGUAAUAUGUAGAUUCAUA